AUGAAGAAGAGGCCGACAUCGAACAAGAGCAUGGCUCCGAAGCCCGCAGCUCCCCGAACGACAUGGGACGACACGACGCGUACGGAUCUGCUCCAGGCUAUUAUAGAUAUUGCAGCUCCUACCGCGGAGGAUUGGGUGGCUAUUAUGGAGAUCCUCAACGCCAAAGGCUACUCAUACACUCACACGGCUGCUAUACAGCAUCUACAGAAGCUGAAGCGCAAGGAGAAGACCACUGGCUGCCUACGGUCGCAAUUCAUGGCUCGCUUGACGAUCGGUCCAUUGCCAUGGACAAAGGCAAGGCUAUGUCCGGCCGUGAUGCUUGAAGACAUGAUGCUUGACGAAGACGAGCCUGCUUGCCCCAGAUGCUUCUGCGGUCAGGAUGAGUCCAAGGACAUAAUUGUCAGCGAGCUGCUCAACCAGGGCGAGAUGGAGCGUCUUCUGCGAGACUCGUUCGGCAAUUACGUGGUGCAGACCACGUUGGAGCAUGCCACCAACUCGUUGAGGGCGUUCUCCCUAUGCUUCCGGGUAUUAGAGGCACUCCUCACGGUCGCUGGCAGUCCCUUAUCCCGGCGGCCUUAA